AUGAUGCAACAAAUGAUGCAGCAGAACCAGAUGAUGGGUCAAAUGAUGCAAGGCAUGCAGGGACAACAACUUCCUACUCAAGUUCCCGUUCCUCAAGCUACUUCUGGACCAGACUUUCGUGCCUUCUUCAGGAUGGAUCCUCUAGAGUUUGUUGGCAGACUUGAUUCACUUUUGGCUCAUGAUUGGUUAGCUGGUAUGGAAAGGGUGUUUCAGGCUAUUCAGUGUACUAAAGAAGAAAAGGUGAUCUUUGCUGCUCAGAAGAUGAAGGGACCAACUCUUAGGUGGUGGAACACUGCAUCCACUUAUUUCACCACACAAGAGAUUCCUAAGGAUUGGCAACACUUCAAAGUGGCAUUCUUGGAGAAGUAUUUCCCUAAUAGUGUGAGGAAUCAGAAGGAGCGAGAAUUCCAGAACUUCAAGCAAGGUGACAUGUCUGUUUCGGAAUAUGCAGAGAAAUUGAAGAGGGUUCAAGAAGAGAGGAACCAGAACAGGGCUAAUUUUAGGGAGCAAGGAAGAUUUACUCAACACUUGAGACCCCGUAAUCCUCCAUCAAAGAAGAAGCAGGUUUAUGGCGAUCAAUCGGCUCAACCGCCCCAUUGUCGCAAGUGUGGUAGGAAGCAUACCAGGGAGUGCAAGUACGCUUCUGUGACUUGUUUUAGAUGUGGCGAGCAAGGCCACAUAGCUCCACAAUGUCCACAAAAGAGGAUUCCCGAGAAGACUGCAGUUGAUUGUGGAGCCACUCAUUCUUUUGUCUCCACUGAGUGUGUUUACCGACUUGGUUUAGAGGUUAUUCCUUCACCUAAUCCCAUGAUUAUUUCUUCGGCAACGGAUGAUACUGUGGAAGCUCGACUAAUUUGUAAAGAUUGUUCAGUGUCUUUUAAUGAGAAGGCCAUAUUCAUUCCUGAAGAAGAGUCUUCUUCCGAUGAUGCAAUUACCAAGUUGAUAGAAGGUACGAUCAGCGCGGUUAAUUAUCUAUUUUCUCAAGAAAGAUCCUUUCUUUUAGUUCUUUCCAAGGAACCUUUUGUGAGAGUUAAAUUGUCGGAGAUUCCGGUGGUGUGCGAAUUUCCUGAUGUAGUUCCUGAGGAUAUCACUUCUCUUCCUUUAGAAAGGGAAGCAGAGUUCUCAAUUGAUCUUGUUCCUGGAACAGCCCUAGUUUCCAUCAGUCCAUAUAGGAUGUCUCCUAUUGAACUCAGCGAACUGAAGAGCCAAUUGGAAGAGCUUCUUGCUAAGCAUUUUAUCCAACCCAGUCCAUAUCUGGACCAGUUUGUAGUAAUUUUCAUUGACGACAUUCUGGUGUAUUCUCGUACUCCCGAAGAUCAUGAGGAGCAUUUGCGGAUUGUGUUAUCUACUCUUCGAGAGAAGAAAUUGUAUGCCAAGUUCAGAAAAGCCAACAAAGUGGCAGAUGCCUUAAGCAGGAAAGAAUUUCGAGUUGCUGAACUGAUGAUGUUAGAGCAUGGAUUGUUGGAGAAGUUUCGAAAUCUUAACCUUCGGUUUUAA